ACUGUCUGGGUGCCGGGCCGGGUUGUCGGGGAGCUGUUGUCUGAGCCACAAUUGCCUCCUCCCAGCUGAAGCGGGGGCUCCCGGCCGUGUCCACUCCUUCUCCAGAGCUGUUGGGAGUGCCCUGGCCCUGCCGCCUGUCUCUGCCGGCUCCAGCUCCUGCCCCCAGCAGGAGCCCCUUCCUCUCCUCCUUGCCAGUGCCAUGGGCUCCAUGUUCCGCAGCGAGGAGGUCUGCCUGGCCCAGCUCUUCCUGCAGUCGGCCUCGGCCUACGCCUGCGUCAGCGAGCUGGGCGAGAGGGGGCUCGUGGAGUUCAGAGACCUCAACCCCAAUGUCAACGCCUUCCAGCGGCGCUUCGUGGGCGAGGUGCGGCGUUGUGAGGACAUGGAGAAAACCUUCACGUUCCUGCACCAGGAGCUGCGGAAGGCAGGGCUGGCACUGGGGCCCUGCCCUGAAAGCCCCCCAGCCCCUCUGCCCCGUGAUGCCCUGCACAUCCAGGAGCAGUCCGAGCAGCUGGCCCAGGAGCUGCGCGAAGUGAGCCGCAACCGAGAGUCGCUGGGGGGGCGCCUGCGGGAGCUGCAGGAGUAUGUGCAUGUCCUGCGCGAGGGGCAGCGCUUCACCGGCCAGCUGACAUCACUGGGCUCCCCCGCCCGGCCCCGCGCCCUCUCGGACCAGGAGCCCCUGCUCAACCCAUCCACGGCACCGCGACUCGAUGUCAAAGUCAACUUUGUGGCAGGCGUGAUCCACCCGUGGCGGGUGACCUCCUUUGAGCGGCUGCUGUGGCGCGCCUGCCGCGGGUACCUCAUCGCCAACUUUGUGGAGAUGGCGGAGCCCAUGGAGGACCCAGCCACGGGUGAGAGCAUCACCUGGGUUAUCUUCCUCAUUUCCUACUGGGGGGAGCAGAUCGGACAGAAAAUCCGCAAGAUCUCGGACUGUUUCCACUGCCACGUGUACCCCUACGCCGACAGGGAGGCCGACCGGCUGGAGGUGCUGAGUGGGCUGCUCACCCAGAUCAACGACCUCAACACGGUGCUGGGGGAGACGGAGCAGUACCUGUCCCAGGUGCUGCAGAAGGUGGUGCUGAUGCUGCCGGCCUGGCGCGUGAAGGUGCAGAAGAUGAAGGCCAUCUACCUCAUCCUCAACCAGUGCAGCUUCAACGUCAUCGAGAAGUGCCUCAUCGCCGAGGUGUGGUGCCCCGUGCGUGACCUGCCACAGGUGCAGGAGGCCUUGCGCCACGGAUCGCACAAGAGUGGCUCGGGGGUGGAGUCGUUCGUGCACCAGAUUCCCAGUUCUGAGAGCCCUCCCACCCUCAUCCGCACCAACAAGUUCACCGCCGGCUUCCAGAGCAUCGUCGACGCCUAUGGGGUCGCUAGUUACCAGGAGGUGAACCCAGCGCCCUACACCAUCAUCACCUUCCCCUUCCUGUUUGCUGUCAUGUUCGGGGACGUGGGCCAUGGGCUGCUGAUGUUCCUCUUUGCCCUCUGGAUGGUGCUGGCCGAGAGCAGCCCCCGCCUGAGGGAAGCACGCAACGAGAUCUGGCAGACGUUCUUUGAGGGGCGCUACCUGAUUCUGCUCAUGGGGGCCUUCUCCGUCUACACCGGCUUCAUCUACAACGAGUGCUUCAGCAAGGCCACCGCCAUCUUCCCCUCUGCCUGGAGUGUGGCCACCAUGGUCAACCACUCCAACUGGAGCUCCGACUACUUAGCCAGCCACGCCUUCCUCACCCUGGACCCCAACGUCACUGGAGUCUUCAAGGGGCCCUACCCCUUCGGGAUCGACCCGGUCUGGAGCCUGGCCAACAACCACCUGAACUUCCUGAACUCCUUCAAGAUGAAGAUGUCAGUGAUUCUGGGCAUCAUCCACAUGAGCUUCGGGGUGCUGCUCGGUGUCUUCAACCACCUGCACUUCAGGAAGUGGUACCAGGUGGCACUGGUCUUCCUGCCCGAGGCGCUCUUCCUGCUGGCACUCUUCGGCUACCUCGUCUUCAUGAUCUUCUACAAGUGGAUCAUGUUCAGUGCUGUCAACUCCCUGCUGGCACCCAGCAUCCUCAUCCACUUCAUCGACAUGUUCCUGUUCACCGAGAACCCCGAGAACCACCCACUGUAUCCAGGACAGGUGACGGUGCAGAUCGUCCUGGUCGUCCUGGCUCUGGCCUCUGUGCCUGUCCUGCUCCUGGGCACGCCCGUGUACCUGUGGUGCCAGCACCGCCGCAGGGGGCACCCUCAUCUCGGGCUGGGCCCACCUGGGGACGCUGGGGAGCGCCAGCCGCUGCUGAGCUCGCAGGAGCCGGGGAACUCGGUGAACGUGAUGGAGGCCGACGUGCAGCGUGGUGGGCACGGCCCUGAGGCUGAGUUUGAAUUCUCUGACGUCUUCAUGCACCAGGCCAUCCACACCAUCGAGUACUGCCUGGGCUGCAUCUCCAACACGGCCUCCUACCUGCGCCUGUGGGCGCUCAGCCUGGCCCAUGCACAGCUGUCGGAGGUGCUCUGGACCAUGGUGAUGCGGAACGGCUUCCUGCUGCACAUCUACGCGGGCGGGGCGCUGCUGGUGCCCGUCUUCGCCUUCUUCGCCGUGCUGACGGUGGCCAUCCUGCUGGUGAUGGAGGGGCUGUCGGCUUUCCUGCACGCCCUGCGCCUGCACUGGGUGGAAUUCCAGAACAAGUUCUACGUGGGCGCCGGGUACAAGCUGAGCCCCUUUGCCUUCCCCGCCGACAGCUGGGAAUAGGGCCAGCCCGGCCCCUUGGCACCAGGUGCCCCCCACCACCCUCACCUCAAAGGGAUGGUGCCCCCUCCCGCCCUGUCCCGGGGCAGGGGGCUCCCUUUGGGUUUGCACCUUCUACCCUGGCUGCUGCUCUCCUCCCCCCACAAGCCUGGCGCUGUUUUCCCUCCCUCCCCCUGCCCCUCCCCCUCCCCUUUGGUCUGGUGCUGUCAUCCGCUGCCUGCCGGAGCCUGGUGCUCCCUGCCUUGGCACAGGUUACUUCUGUCCUGUCUUUUGUACAAUUAAAGAGUGAAACAGCCCCGUCCCUGUCGGUGUGCAACGGGAAACCACCGGGCCUCUGGUGGCGCUCACGGGGCCUGGCCAGCUGAGCUCCCGGCUCAGGAGCGUGAACCUACCCUGCCCUCUGCCUGGGCAGCUCUCCCAGCAUGUCUCACUCGAGGGGCACCUUGCACAGCCCCCGCAGGAGUGGCGCUGCAGUUACUCUACACUGGCACCAGCUGGCGCUGUCUCCCCUUGCUAAACUGGUCCAGCACCCCUGGGUGUGGAUCAUGUGCCAGGCCUGCUGGGGCCAAGGUUCCGUUGCACCCUGGUCAGCACUGGCUGGGAGGGAGGGAGGUGCUGAAGGCAGCUCCUGCCUGGGUGGGAGGGGGGCAGGAUCUGACCAGCCAUGUGCUCUGGGAACUGCCCUGUGUCCUGGGCAUGAGCUGUGGCUCCCGUUCCCAGGGGCAGUGCUCAGGGCUCCCCCCCACGCCAAAGGCUCGUGCAGGGAAGUUUAAUGGCCACAAGCUGGGGAGAUUUGUGUGGCAGCUCAUGGCCCAAAGUGAGAGCCUCGUGGCCUGGGGGGGCAGCCCUGUAGCAGCCGAGAGGGAGGGGAGGGGAGCCAUGUAGCCUCACCCCCAGCAGCUGGGUAGGUUAGGGGGAGCCCAGCCUGGCCAGGGCUACUGUGAGCGAGGCAGCCAGGAGGGCUCCUAGGGAGACUCUCAGGCUGGAGCCUGCCUCUGUCACUCUGUGGCUGGGGCUCGCCAUGGGGGUGUGCCCGAGCCAGGCUG